AUGGCAAACCAAUCUCAAGCAACCCAGUCCAGCCGAAUCAUCUGCCAGUCUGCGAAUGUUUCAGAUUUGGACAUCAGCUUGCAUCCGUUACCGAUCCUCAAUAUAUCCGAUCAUUUCACCAGGACGCGACUCCAAGCUGAAAGGCCAGACAUAGACAUUUUUGGAGCAUUAAUUGGUACGCAGAUCGGUAAAAAAAUUGAAAUCGUCAACUGCUUCGAAAUUUUGACCGAUCCCGACGGGAAAGUGAACGAUGGAUUCCUGAAGACCAGGAGAGAACAGUUUCAACAGGUUUUUCCAACUUUGGAUCUACUGGGAUGGUACACCAACGGCUUCCAGCCAAGGGAAAGAGAUUUGACGAUCCUCAAUCAAGUUGCUGAGUGCGCGGAUCUUUCGAGUCCGAUCUUGCUGUUCUACGAUCCUCUACCAACACUAUCCACUGGCUCCACUACCGCGAAGGAGCUGCCGAUUCAGAUUUACGAAUUUACUCAAUCAACAGCCGGGACCGAUGGAGAAGCUUUCGUCAAGGGCACCUUCGACGUCCAAACUAGUGAGGCUGAACGAAUAGCGGUGGAUUCUGUGGCCAAGCCUGACGUUGGAAGCAAAGACAGCGGUCUGGUAGCCAGUUUGAUCACCCAAAGGAACGCCAUCCAAAUGCUGCACAACAAACUCGGGACAAUUGUAGAUUAUAUAGCUCAAUUGAUGGGCGACCUUGAAGCGGGCAACUCAGCCACCAAGAUAGAUCACGGCCUACUACGAGAGAUAUCUUCAUUGGUAGCUUCUCUGCCCAAACCCGAAGAGAACGCUUCUUUCAAGAAAGAAUUUAUGAUCGAAUCUAACGAUGCUUUAUUGACUUCAUAUUUAUCCAGUCAAAGUAAAGUGUUGACUGAGACAAAUCAAUUGAUUGAUCGGUACCUCUAUCUCAACACUCGAGAGAUCAAUCAUCCCAAGUCGGGACCUCACUCCAUAUUAACCCAUACCCUUUCCAAAUCAAUGAAGGUGCAAAAAUGA